UUCGUAUAAUUUGGGUGAAUAUACCUAUUUUAACUUCAAUUCUGUGUAAUACUGCUUUGCUUCAUUGGUCGGUUUAGAAAAAUCCUGAAAAUCAGUUAAAAUAUCUUAUCCUUACUAGCGCAUAAAUCGAUAAUGUUUCACUGCCGCCUAUUUAUUUUCGCAUUGCGAAUUUCUUUGUUAUUUGAAUAAUAUUACAGUCAAAAGUUGUUGAUUUUGCUAGAUAAUUAAGUGAAUUCGUUUCUAGUGUUGUUGAAUACAGCAUAGUGCAUAAAAUGUGAUAAUAUAGUUGGAUGGGAAAAAGGCGCGAAGGUAUUGCCGCGUCCAGUUUUAUAUCUCUAUGAAAACCAUAACAUUUUAAGAUUUAACAAAGAAAAUUUCGUUUUAUAGUGUUAUUUGAUUAUAUUCGUCGAUGUUACGAUUGUUCUAUAAGUCUUCUCGGUCACAGAUGGAAGGAAAACUGACUUUCUAGCGGCUUAAGUUCAUGUUAAGUCCCCAAUAUUGCGAUGCGGCUAAGAAGUAGGAAAAGGGAGCGACCGCUCUCAGGCAAGAGGAAUACACCAAAACAAACCAAGCUGAAAAACAAAUCAAUCAAUAAUCCAUUGACAAAAUCCAAUUCGUGGAAGAAAAUCAUCAACAUAGAUUCAGUUAAAAAUGUUCUGCUACCAGAGUCUAGCAUUUGCAUUACUCGUUCUCAGAAAAAUUUAAAAACCAGACCAGUGAGAACGAUUUUAAAAAGAAUGGAGAAAACCAUAGACACAAUGCACAAAACCAAGCCUAAGCACAAAGAGGCGAGCACAAAAAAGCCAAUCUUCCAAACGGUUGUACGCAACACAAAUAAGGACGCCGUUACUUCGUCAUCCGCUUUGAAAAAGACCCAAAACGACAAAGUGACAACCACAUCGAAGCCUAAGGAAAUACGUACAACCAAAAGUUCCCAAUUACGUCAUAGCUCUCUGACCAGAGAGUUACGUAAAAACGACGGUGUCUCAACUGCAAUGAAUUCUCCAAGGAAGACACGGAGGUUAGACAAAACGGACAAAUCGGCUUCUUUAAACAGCUCUCCGAUCCGGAAAGUCAGGCAAUUAGGUGUCCCAUCACCGAAGAUAACUAAAGUUUCAUCGACGAAUGAAAGUCCUAAGAAAAAGGUGAAGGUGAAACCUGUUAUAGUAACAGCAAGCUGGCCUGAUGAUAAUGAUGUCACAAUGUAUGAGCCUCACACUACAACAUUUGUGGACUAUCCGCCUCAGAAAUCAGAAGAAUCAGAUUCUGACGCUCAAGUGGAAUCGUCCGAGUUAUGUUUACCAAAUGACUGCUUGAAUGAUUUCAUAGCGAUUGCUGAGUGCGCUCGGCUGAUUAAUGAAAAUGUUCAAACCGAAGAUGAGGUUAGCUUCUUAGCAGAGAAAGCGGCUAGGGUCAUGACCACAGACAAGGAAGACAAGAGGCCGUCGCGCACGAAUUCCAUAGAGAAGAGACUGGUGAAGCGGAGGAAGUCCAGUAAUGAUCUGGAGAUGUACCAGCCGACGUCGACUACGGACGAUUUGGACACGUGCACUGACUUUUUGAGCAAUGGAGAGAAAUAUGUUCAACCGGACUUCGCGACCCUUCUGGAGCAGGACAGCUACGUGCGGGAGUCCGAGUGCGAGAUAUCGUCGUCGUGCGACGCGGGCGCCAUUCGGAGCCUCGAGGCGCUCACUCGCUCUCCCAGCUCCGGCUUCCUGCACGAGAUCACUCAGAGCUUGUGUCCGCAGCUGCAGUGGAAUGGGACAGAACUGUCGGCUGAUGACGCGUCAUUGGUUUGCAAUGAUGAACAUUCUCAGUCUGAUAUCGAGGAGCAAGCGGCCGAUGUGAUAUCGUCGUGUAGCCGCGUGGACUGCGAACAGAUAUCCUCGUGGGUGGACGCAUUCGACCCCUACUUGUUUAUCAAACAGCUGCCGCCGCGCGAGUCGGUGGCGGGCGCGGCGCGGCCGGCGCUGCCGCUCAAGACGAGGACGAGUCCAGACUUCAGCCUCGUAUUAGAUUUGGACGAGACUUUGGUGCAUUGUUCGCUGCAAGAACUGCCCGAUGCAAGUUUCCACUUUCCAGUUCUGUUUCAAGACUGUCGCUACACGGUGUUCGUGCGCACUCGCCCCCACUUCGCGGAGUUCCUAUCGCGCGUGUCUCGAGUGUACGAAGUGAUAUUGUUCACCGCCAGCAAGCGGGUAUACGCCGACAGACUGCUAAAUCUCCUGGACCCACAGCGCCGGUGGAUUAAAUACAGGUUGUUCCGUGAGCACUGUCUGCUCGUGAACGGGAAUUACGUCAAAGAUCUAUCGAUACUCGGCAGGGAUUUGAGGAAAACCGUCAUUGUUGAUAACAGCCCGCAGGCGUUCGGCUAUCAGCUGGAGAAUGGUAUUCCUAUAGACUCGUGGUUCGUGGACCGCAGCGACAACGAACUGCUGAAACUACUUCCCUUCUUGGAACACCUCGCCACUAAAGAAGACGUGCGCCCCUACAUCCGGGACAAGUACAAGUUGUUCAGCUUCCUGCCGCCGGACUAACUGAGCCGUUCCUGAAUCGCGCAAUCAAAGUUUUUUCGCCAGCGUAUAUAAGACGUAACGAUUUUUUUUGUUCACACACACACGUAUACAUAUUAUCAAGUUUAAAGGAUACGUUUGGUAAUUAGGUAUGUCGUAUAAGAUUAUUAUUUCGUAAAUUGACAAUUUAGGAUGAAUUAAUAUUAUAAUCUAGGUAUUUUUAAAUUCUUUCAAUAUUAAAAAAAAAAUAGUUAAAAAUAAAUGUAGCAUUAGUUUUAAGAUGCUACAGAAAAUAGUAGAUAAACAAAUUGGGACUGAAUCACGCCCUAAAUAUGUUUAGUUAAAUUCAUCCUAAAUUGCUUAGUAUCUUAAAAGUUCUGUUAUUAAAUAUUUUAUUAUGAAUUUUAUUCACUCGAUGCUAAUUUUAAUUAAUGACAUUUUUAUAUAUAUACAUAUUAAAACUCGAAAAUGAGAGCAUUUAAUUAAGGAUAUAUUAUUUUUAAUUAUAUGUAAAGUCGGGAAUACUUUUUUUUUUAUUAAAAUAUAAUUAUAAAACUGAAAAGGUUGAUAGAUAUAGGUAUGUAUAUUCUAAAUAUUGUAAUUUUUCAUUUUAUUAUAUUGCAGGCUAUUUGGACAUGAAAAAUUUCUAUUACGGUAGCUGUUAUUCUUUAAAUAUUUAAAUUUAAAAAUUUAAAUUUCAAAUUGUCUUACCAAGAAAUAAAAAUCGUAUUUAGUCGCGGUCUAUCUAUCUAUUUUUUAUUAUUUGAUUUAAUCUGUGAUUUUUUUUCGAAUUUGAUUUUAUAGAUUCGUUUUGGAAAAUUAUUUUAUUUUUAUUUUUGUAGUAUUUAUAAUAAAUUAUUCAAAAUAUAUGUACAUGAUUUCCGCUAAGCUCAAGCUUACAGAACUAAAUAUAUUCGGCCAUUUGUGAAAUAGUUUACAUUAACAAAGAAAACAUUAUUUUCACUAGAAACACAAAAAAUUAUUUGUGUUUCCAGUGAAAAUAAUGUUAUUUUUUUCUUGUGGGUCCAUAUUUUUUAAAUACUAUUUGGUUUUUCGUCACAAAUCACUCUUGUCCAAAUGAUUUUCAUUUCAUCAGCUGAUACUGCAAUGUGAUAAUUAAGAAUGAUAUCGUAUAAAAUCGACUCUACUCUGAUUUUUAAUUACACGGAAUUCUGAUGUAUCAUAAAUGUUGCCAACAUCUCAAUAAAAAUUAGUCUUUAAUUAAUUUUACGUUUCAAUUUAAAAAACUAAAACUUAAAAAUAUAUUGAUAGAUUUGAUAUAAUUAUUUUUAUUUUACUAGCUGCGACCCGGGGAAAUUCGGUAUAAAAGUUUACUAUGUGUUAUUCCAAGUUAUAUUCUACCCGUAUACCAAAUUUCAUAUCAAUCCGUACAGUAGAUUUUGUGUGUAAGAGUAACAAAUAUACACACAUACAUCCUCACAAACUUUCGCAUAUAUGAUUAUGUGAAAGCGAUUGCUUGGGAAAUUAAUUCAAUCAAUUAAAAAUCAGAGUUUAGUUUGUUUGUAAACUCUUUAUUUAGUUUUAUUGUAUAAUAAAUGACAAUUUCUCUCAUACACAAACUAAACCAAAUUUUGGUAUAAUCCCACACAAAAUCAUCCAUUCCUCAUUUAAUACAAAAUGAGUUGUAUCAAAAAGAAAAUAAUAUGGACAGGGGAAUAAAAGUGUCUAAAUACGUUAAAUAAAAGUAUUAUAAUCAUCACAGUAUAAUUUUUUAUCUAAAGACUGGUCCUUAAUCAAUCAAUAGUUAGUUUUAUUUUAUUGACGAAAAAAUAGUAAUUCGUUCCCAAUGUGUCGAUGUCGAAACAUUUCGAGAAUUCACUGAAACGAUCCGAAAAUAUUCUUGGAAAUUUUACGACCGGCCGCCUGACUGUUAGCCUCUGGAAAUGCUGUUGAUGCCUAUCGGCUGUCAAGGCUUCCUUAAUCGCCUCGUACGACAUCCACGGGAGGAUAUGUAGUUUUCCUAUUUUUGGGAACCACACCUCUAUUAAUUAUGAUUAAAUAAAAAAGUGUUUGUUUUUUUUUUUUUUUAAGAGUUUUUUAUAUAAAUAUUUUAUUUGUACAUAAGCUGUAUCGACGAUGGCAGGUGCUAAUUUUUUUUUUUUUAGAAAUAGGUUGUAAUUUGUGUUAUUUUCGUAAUUUAGUGUUUUUGACUUGGAAAUUGAGAUAUACAUUUAUUUUAUAAUUUUCGUAAACAAAAAUGAAAAUUUUCUUUAGCGAAAUUUCCAGUUAAUACCAACACAUAUAAAAAGUAGCCGUCUCUAGAGUACACUCAAAUUCUUUAUUCAAUUUAGGAUGAUUGUUAUUAAUGGAGUGGUUUUCCAUUGUCUUCUCCAUUUCACACACAAGUUAAUAAUAAUCAACGGGAGUGCAGGUUUCCUCACGAUGUUUUCUGAAGCAACUGUGCGGUCUAUGAAAACUACUAUACAUGAGUCAGAUUGAUAUACAAACUCAUGUGGCACGAGUAGGAUUCGAACCUGGGACCUUUCGAUACACAGUCUUCAACCAUUACACCACUUCUAUAUAUCCAGUUAUGUGUUUAAGCUUUUAAAUUUUUUAUACAAUCAUGUUACAAUUAGUUUUUAUGUAUUUCUAUUUAAAUAUUGCAUUUGUUAAUUUUACACUAAAAAAAUCUCAAUUUCUAAGCCGAAUGUGUCAGUAAUUUUAAUUAUUUUCGUCCAAUUAUGAGUUAUUUUUUUAUAUCUAAUUGAUAAGAUAAUUUAUAUAUUUCAAUUUAAGCUGAUUCGUCGCUAAUACGUAUUAUGUAAAUUUAUUAAUUGAAAUUUUAAUAUCAUAUAACGUGAAUAUGGAAAUCAUACUCAGUUUUUUCCCCAGUCCAAUCUUAUAAUUCCAUGAACUAUUCAAACACCACACCACAUUUGUCCACCAAUUGUCUAUGAUUCUUCACAAAACUUAAUAAUUAAAGUGCGUUUUUUAUACCGCAGUAACUUCUUUAAAUAAAUAAUUGUUGCUUAUGAAUAUGUAUAUAAUUUAAAUAUAUUUUUAUAUAUUUCGUCUUUUAUGAAAUAUACAUUGCAAAGUUGAUUUUAAAGUACAUAUGAUACAACCGCGCAAAUUAUGAUAAUUACAUACGAAGCGGCAUUAUCGCGCGACGCGAUAUAGAGCGUAAUUAUUUAGCCGAUAUACAUAUUAUAAAAACGUAAUAUAAUUAUUCCAACCGAAAUAUUAAAAAUAUAUGUAUAAUAUAAUAAUAGAAAUUAUUCCUUUCAAUAUAAUGUAAUAGUUUUUAACCAGAUAUUUGCCGCUUCUUUUAAUCUUUUUUUAUUAAAUUUGACAGUAAAUUGUGAAAGAAGUCGCGUAAAUCUUAAUUUUAAUAUUAACCGUUGGUAUUAUUUAUUACGUUUACAAGUGAAAAAAAUAUUUUUCUAUGAUCAUAUUUUAAAUUAUCGUAUAACGUAAAUUGUACUAAUCAUUAUAACGAAAAAAAAAGUGUUACGGUUUCUAAAAACUCCGUUUGGCAAAAAAAAAAAAAAUUGUUUUAAACAAAACUCAAUCAACAUCACACGUUAAUAAGGAAUUAUAUAUUUAUUAUGAAUUUAUAUAAAAAUAAAAUAUCUGUUAUUUCAACUAUGCCUAAAAUAUAUAUUGCAAUCGACAACCCUUCGAAAAUGGUCUCUUCAUUGGUCGCCCGCCUAUUAUUAGUUUUAAGAUAUUUUUUUAUGUAGUCCUUUUGUUCCAUGGCUAUAAUUCUCAUAGACAGAAAAACUUUAUUCGUUUCGUCAUUCUCAAAGCGAUUCGACCGCGGCGGCCGGGUUCUCAUUACGAUCCGUCGAUUUCUUGAAGAAGGAAUCAUUUCCAAUAUCAAUCUAUAUAUGUAAAAAAACUCUUUCGUUACUGAGUGACUGAAUGACAGACAACGCACAGCCGAAACUACUGGGCGUAGAAAGAUGAAAUUUGGUGUGUAGAUUCCUAGGACAGUAUAGGGGAACACUAACAAGGGAUCUCCCGAAAUUCCCACGAGAAACUGAUUUUUAGUCACAUACGAAGUUGUGGGAAAAAGCUAGUCAUUCAUAAAAUUUACAUUACCACAAUACAGAUUAUUUCAAAGUCGAAUAGUAAAUUUAAUUCUUGUAUUUGGUCAAAAAAUGUGAAAAAUCAAUUAAUGACAGCGCGGCCGCAGCUGACGAAACACUUUGAGAAACACUCUAGUAAUUAUACUAAGGACUCGACUUUUAUAGUGUGAUUUGGGGCAGGCGAAAGAACUUCACAUGAUACAGUUUUCACUGUGUUGCUUGUACGAACGAACAUACGAACUCGAUGAUUUUUUUCUCAGUUGAUACGACAGAGCUGUUUAUUUCAUCCUUUCUGACUUACUAACAAAUAUUAACCCAUAUUUUUCUUCGUUUAGUCUUACUAUUGGAACUGAAUGAUAGAACUAACAGACAGAAUGUAUAUAUUAAUAAAGACGAAAAGAACAUUAAAGACAACAAGCUAGCGUAGCCAAAUGAGAUAGAAUGAAGUUCUAUCUCAUACAUACCGGCAAGAUAUGAGUUGUAAAAUCGGGUACACUACAUAGGGACAAAAUAUAUUAUUCUCGUGUAUUUCUUAUAUGCGUUUCUCUUGUUUAUGCGAAACGAAAUACGACGUUGUCUAUGGUUUUCUCUGUCUAUGCUUUAGACCAAUGCUGUUCGUAUGUAUCUUAUAGACCGUAUGUUUGUGUACAAAUGACGUAUGUACAAUGUCAUGUAUGUACAAAGUGAAUUGUCCCCUUCUCUGCUUGUCGUAGGCAUAUAAGUAUUAUAAAAUGGUUGUUUAUGUAAUAAUAUCAAAUACUUCCAAUUUUCAUUUUGUAUUAUACUCAUAUGGCGCGAAACCUAACUAAUAUUAUAAAUGCGAAAGUAAGUUUGUUUGUCACCUCUUCACGCUUUAUCUGCUCACCCCAAUCUUGGUGAAAUUUUGCAUACAUACAGUUUGAACUACGGAGAAGGACAUAGGGUACCUUUCAUCCCGAAAAAAAACAAAAGUUCCCGUGGGAAAUUCAGGCGGGCGAUGCCGCGGGCAUAAGUUAAUAAUAAUUGUUUUCCAAUAAUUAUCAUCAAACUUGUUUAAAGGUGUGAUAUAUAGUGUUAAUGUAGACGAAACAAAAUUAAUUAGUAAUUAUUUGCAAUAACAUUGUUUAAGGACUACAUAAAAAUAAAGGGGUUACACACGAUUGAUUUUUUUAAACAAAUGCACUUUUUAUAGUACAUUUCAAACAAUUGGAACGACGAAAAGUACUAUAGAAGUACAUGCUUUUGUUAACAGAUAGUGUGUCAAAAUGUGUGUUCACAUUUAUCGGAUAUUUAAACGUCUUGUCUUCAGUGUACGUACAGUCAACAGCACGUCAAGUUAAGCAUGAACCUUUAUGGCGCGGUAAUAGCGACGAGUAUGCAUUUAAUUUGGGUACCUUGAUGUGCUGUUGACUGUACAUGACUUCUUGAUAUUAACCAACAUACGAACAAACAGGUCGCAUGGUAAGUGAUCACCGCUGCUUGUAUUAUAGUGGCAAAAAUUUUAAACUUUUUUUUUAAUGUAUGUUUGUAACGCGAUAACUUUUGAAUCGUCGGUUUGAUUUUGACGAAAUUUAAAACACCCCCGACUUUCAAUAUUCGUUUCGCCACAACUUUUGAACGGCUGAUUUUCAUUAAACAUGGCUAAGAACACUCGGGAAAAAAAUUAUCUAUAAUACAAAUAAAAGAACUAAACGAAAAUCGGUUCAUCCGUUUGGGAGCUACGAUGAUACAGACAGAUACACAGACAGACACGUUAAACUUAUAACAACACUCUUUUUGCGUCGGGGGUUAAUAAUUUGAUUUCUAUCUCAGAAGAGUACAAUGCACUGCGUUCUUUACACUAUAAAAAUUAUUUUAAUUAAAACAAUUGGAUGUUAAAUAGAGGUUAACUUAGUAAUAUUAUAAUGUGUUCAUAAAUGUCUUUGUAUAGUAUAUUAUGUCACUCGUGUGUAAUGCCUUUGACUAGUGUUAGGUUAAGGGCUACCAUGAAACAUACAAAUAGAUACGUAAUCUUUGUUCACCACACGUUCACUUUUUACACGAUAUGGAAAAAAAAACAGCAUGUGGAAGUUGGUAACGUGCUACGUGUUAUGUUUCGUGGUAGACCUCCAGAUUUUUAGAUAAACGAAUUGAAAUUUUAUCCCUAGAUAGAAUAGAAUAAGCGUAUAUCGUUGUUCAGUUAGGAACAUAAUCGAAUGUUUAAUCUAUUAAAGUAUAACAUUGA